GCCAAAUUCACCCUCCCUUCAGUGACGACAUCUAGGGCACAGCCUAAGGAUCAUCAGCCUCUCGCCCUCAGCCUAAUGUAGUUACUUCCACAUAACUCAGUAAUUACUCCUAUAGUUGACCUUCAGUUCAACGACUCCAGUUAAAACUACUUGCAAGGCUACUUAGUAACAACUUCUCUCCUUGUCUCCCACUGUGUAACGGCCGCGACGAAGCAAGUAGCCUUCAGAAUCCGCGAUCGUCGAUAUGGAAACUGUAGCUUCGCGCGAUAAGGGGACGCCUGACGUACCGGCUGUGGAGGUCACUUCGAUGCAAUUCGCUUACCCCGGCGAGCCUCCCUUAAUCUCCAAGUUCAAUCUUAAACUGCCACGAGGCAGCCGCUGCCUUCUGAUCGGAGCCAACGGUGCAGGCAAGACGACUCUUCUGAGAGUUUUGGCGGGAAAGCACAUGGUUGGUGGAAAGGACGUCGUGAGAGUGCUCGGUCGCUCGGCAUUCCACGACACGUCGCUCUCGUGCGACGGCUCUCUCGCCUACCUCGGCGGCUCCUGGAGCAAAUCAGUCGGUUGCGCGGGCGAAGUCCCCCUCCAGGGCGAUUUCAGUGCGGAGCACAUGAUCUAUGGCGUGGCGGACGUGGAUGCAGCACGCAGGGACCACCUGGUGGAGCUGCUAGAUAUUGACCUGGCGUGGCGCAUGCACCGGGUGUCGGAUGGGCAGAGGAGACGAGUGCAGAUAUGCAUGGGGCUGCUGCGACCGUUCCAGGUGCUGCUCCUGGACGAGGUGACAGUGGACCUAGAUGUUGUCGCCAGGAUGGACCUUCUUGCGUUCUUCCAACAAGAGUGUGAGGAGAGAGGAGCAACAGUGGUGUAUGCCACUCAUAUUUUCGACGGCUUGGAGUCAUGGGCAUCCCACCUGGCUUUCAUUUCGUCCGGCAAGUUGCAGCGGUUGGAGUCAGUGGAGCAAUGCUCUCAGCUUCCCUUGUCAGCGCAUCUAACUGCUAUGAUACAUGAGGCAUCCGUAUUGCAACAGCCAUCUCUUUUGGAAAUGGUUGAGCCUUGGUUGAGGGAGGAUAAGGCUAAGAGGGAGAAAGAGGCAGCAGAAGCUAAGAGAAGUGGAGAUUUGCCUAAGCGAGCGGUGGAUCCUUUUGCUGGUGCUGGUAGGCACAUGGCUUAUUACAGGUGAUUGUAUGUACAUGAUUGGCUGAGAAUUUUACGUGCUGAAUUAACCAUGUCUAAUAGU